AUAAAAGUGAAGGCAGGGGGCGCGGCAUAUGAGGCACGACCCUUGGUGACGUGUUUUACAGUCGGGCCUGGAAAGUAAAAGGAUUUUAGUAGAUCAGCCUAUCUGCUCUUCUGAGGAUGGCAGUGAGUGGAUGAAUGUGUCAUUGUUUUGUUAGUACACGAGGAGGACAGGAUGUCUUCUUCUCCAUGGCUCCAGUGGUGAAUGGAUUUACAGGGUUUAUCAUCUCUGGAUAAAAGAUCAGUUUGGGAUUCCUUUUGUUCUUCUUCUUUUUGGUCCGUGUGGUCAUAGAUACUUUGAUUUUUGGAGGCUAUACCUGUGCAUUUGUAAACUGAACUCAUCAGCUGAAAUAUGGCACUUUAUACAAAAGUUUGUACAGGUCUGAGCAAAAAAGCGGCAUUGGAUGAAGGGAUGGCUGAGUUUGAGGAAAUGAUGCGGCAGCAGCUGGAGAGCUCGAUGCACACUGAGCUGGAGAAGUUGUUGGACACGGCCAGCAAGGCAGAGAAAGAGGUGGCCAGGAAGGACUUUGACGGCUUCAAGAAUCUUUUCCACAGAUUGCUGCAGGUGAAGGGUCCGUCAGUGGAAUGGAUCAAGAUACAGCGCCCUCCAGAAGAUUCGAUCCAGCCCUAUGAUAAGAUCGCUGCACGAGGCCUUCCGGACAGUGUGGCUGACUGCCUGAACAAACUGGUGGUGGUGAAGCUGAAUGGAGGCCUUGGUACCAGCAUGGGCUGCAAGGGCCCCAAGAGUCUGAUCAGUGUCCGCAACGAGAACACCUUCUUGGACCUCACUGUGCAGCAGAUCGAGCACCUGAACAAGUCCUACAACACUGAUGUCCCACUUGUCCUCAUGAACUCCUUCAACACAGAUGAAGACACAAAGAAGAUUCUGCAGAAGUACACACACCACCGUGUCAAGAUACACACCUUUAACCAGAGCAGGUACCCUCGUAUCAACAAAGAGUCCCUCCUACCAGUGGCUACAAACAUUGGCAUGACCGGUCAGAACGCGGAGGGCUGGUAUCCUCCAGGACACGGCGACAUCUACGCCAGCUUCUACAACUCGGGUCUGCUGGACCAGCUGAUCGCACAGGGCAAGGAGUACAUCUUUGUCUCCAACAUUGACAACCUUGGAGCCACCGUGGACCUGCACAUCCUGCACCACCUGGUCAGUCAGCCCAACGGCAAGCGCUGUGAGUUCAUCAUGGAGGUGACCGACAAGACACGCGCAGACGUCAAGGGUGGCACGCUGAUCCAGUACGAUGGCAAACUGCGUCUCCUGGAAAUCGCUCAGGUGCCCAAAACCCACGUGGAUGAAUUCAAGUCGGUUUCAAAGUUCAAAAUCUUCAACACCAACAACCUGUGGAUCUCUCUGCCUGCAAUCAAGAGGCUGCAGGAACAGAAGGCCAUGGACAUGGAGAUUAUAGUCAACCCCAAGACACUAGAUGGCGGGCAGAACGUAAUCCAGUUGGAGACGGCGGUCGGCGCCGCCAUCAAGUGCUUCGACAACGCCCUCGGCAUCAAUGUACCUCGCAGCCGCUUCCUGCCCGUCAAGACCACGUCGGACCUGCUGCUGGUCAUGUCCAACCUGUACAGCCUGGAGGCGGGUUCACUCACCAUGAGCCCCAAGAGAGAGUUCCCCACAACGCCCCACGUCAAACUGGGCAGCUCCUUCACCAAGGUUCAGGAAUAUCUGAUCCGCUUUGAGAGCAUCCCCGACAUGUUGGAGCUUGAUCAUCUGACUGUUUCUGGAGACGUCACCUUUGGGAAGAACGUUUCAUUAAAGGGAACCGUCAUCAUCAUCGCCAAUCACGGCGACCGGAUCGACAUUCCAGCAGGAUCCAUGCUGGAGAACAAAAUCGUUUCUGGUAACCUCCGCAUCCUGGACCACUGAGGCCUUCUGCACCGCCACGCGCAUUCUGAUCAUGUGAAUUUGUUGGCCUUACCCAGUCAUGUGACCCCUUUGUCCCAUUUCCAUGGCAAGAAGAGACUCUAGUGGAUGUGACUUUUUCAUGCAGAGUUUGUGAUUGCAUGUGGCGUGCAUUGCUAGACUGCAGUGCCACCUACUGGCCACUGAAACAAAUAGUAUGUACGGUGCACCCAGAAAGUAUUCACAGCGCUUCACUUUUUUCACAUUUUAUGUUAGAGCGUUAUUCCAAAAUGGA